AUCAGUUUCGUUUUGAUUGGAGUCAAAACAAACGUUAUGAACGGUUUUGACACGUUUCUCUAACAGUCACUUUUAAGAAUAGAUUUGUAAAAAUGGAUAGAUAUACAAAUAAAGAACACGGCAGUAUGAUUGUCUCUCGAAACCAAGCUAUGACGGAAGUUGAAGUUCGUAGAGAAUACCCUCGAUUUGAAGCUGUUCACCAGUAUAUCCACCACUUAGAACUGACAAAUGACAGGGAAGGAUUAGUCUCAGAAGUUUUAAUAAGCCACUUGCCACAAAAUAUUUGCUUACAGGACUUCGUGUUCGUUCUUAAAGAAUGUGGCUAUACAGAGUUGGCAGCAGAACUGUUACGUUCCCUGGACGCGGCUACAACUUUAAAACAUGUACAUAGAUCGACAUCAGGACAAAGGCCAUCUGUAAGCAAAAUGAAUUUUAUUCUGAAAAAGAUGGUGGAUGAUGCACAGUUCAAUAAUCCUCGGAUUAAUUUACGCCAUAUCAGAAAAGGAUUGAGACUAAAAAUGCAAAAUGAAAGUGAUAAAGAUCGGAUACAAAUUCUUAAUGACAAAUGCAUAGUAUUUAUUGGCGCAGAAAUCGAUGCGAUAGCUAUUACAUUUGACGAAGGUCUAUGUGAAGGAGCUGUCUUCACCGAAAUGAAAAGUCUCACAAGCGCGACAAGUAAUACACUGCUAACAGAUGGUGUGUAUUUUGGCCGGUUAGCAAAUGCAAAUGCUAUUGCAGGACGUUUCGAAGAAAGCGAUCAUAUGAUCACAGCCGCCCUUUGUAAGGCAUUCCACAUUGGUCCUUGCUAUGAACUUGUGUUUAUGUUUUAUAACGCAGUACAAGUAAUGCUGUAUAGAUUUGAAAACUCACCAUCAGCUGAACACAGGCGGGCUCUGUUAAUGUUCGGUAAUAUUGGUCUUCAAUAUGCUGAACAUGAGAUUUCAGACGGCAAAAUUAUGUGGAGACGAUCUUACAUUUUGAAAAUGGUAUUCUGCUUGCUUGGUCUCGGGAACAAAGCAAACGUUAUUGAAAAUUGUCCUGUUGACGAAACAUGCAUUGUAGAAGCAAAGAAACUUCUUGCCGAUAUUGAAAGAAACUUGCCUGGAAUAGAAGCAAGAAGAGAAAUGUUGUACUUUGUUGCUAAAGCUAGAUUAGCUGAGUUAACAAAGCAGCACCAGGACUGUCUGGAUAAUUUACGAGCAUCUCAGAACCUUGCCAUUGAAGGCCAUUUUAAAGAAUUAAGAUUCAUUUCAGAUUAUCUUGACAAGAUGAACACUCUGACGCAAAGUCAACACACAGACACAAGAAAAGGGGAAGAACGGGAGACGAAAGUGCUUGAUAAUUUGAUAUUAGAUGAAACAAAAAACUAUGAUUUAAUUGGAUGCCAAAGUCUUAAAACAAUCAGUUUCCGUACAUUUGAUGAUGACGAAACCAUUCCAAAACUCAGGCUAAACUCUCCAGUAGCAUUGAGUUCAACAUCAACAUCGGCCGGCAAUAGCGAUGCAGACUCUUUCACGAAACCUAAAUGUGUGUUUCCCUCUGAACAUCCGUACCCUACCCAAGAACAAUUACAUGGCUCAUAUGAAACCCGAAUUCCAUCUACUGGUCUUGGAAGUGCUAGCAAUACACCGUGUCAAACAGGUGAAAGGUUAUCAGAUUCUCAUGUUGAUUAUCAGAAAGAGGGAAACACAAGUGUAGAACAUUUAAAUGUGUACCAGUCGCUUAAAAAUUCAGACUUAUUUGAAAAUUUGUCCUCUCUGGAUAGCGACAAUUUAUUUGGUGAUUGACAUGUUACAUGCGCUGAGCCAUACUGAAUUGAGACAUUGAGAAGAACAUUAGUUUUGAACGAGUCUAAGCCAAGGCAUCAACUAUACUUUUAAUGCAAGGUUUCAUUCCGUGUUUUUCGGUUUCAUGUACAUGUACUUCAAUUUUUCUUGUUUAUGUUUGGCUUGUUGACAUAUCUUUUACUGAAUAUGUGUUGUCUUAUAUCCUGAUUGUUUUUUAAAAAUGUUUUGAUAUGUAAUUACUGUUUGUGUUGUAGGUUUUGUGUCAUCUUAGAAAAGGCCUGUAUUGAUUCUGAGUUAGUUUUGAUCCUGGUAGUCUUGUAUUAUGUUUUAACAUAUAGUCGAAAUUCGUUAUUUCGAACUCUGUUUUCUCAAUGUUCCAGCUAUGUCGAACUUUUGUCGAAUGUGUUUGGUUAAGUUAAACACUUUUUUUGUAUUUCGGUUAUAUCAAAUGUUUGUUAUCUCGAAGUCUUUCCCGAGGUUCCAACGACUUCGACAGGUUUUGACUGUAUGCAUUUUAAGUUAUCUGUAAGAAAUAGGAUAUUGUACGCUCGAGUAAAUCAAAU